UCCUUGCGCGGGGAAGCCAAUGGGCGCGGGGGAUGCUGGCGCCGGGGAGGCGGCCGGGUUGCUACAGCAGCGGCCACACUCGCGGCGGCGGCGGCGGCGGGGAGCUGGAUCCUGAAGGGGCGGCGGCGCCAUGGAAGAGCUGGACGAUAACGGAAGUGUGGGACGAGUGGAAGAUCUUUUACCAUGCAAGAUUUGUGGGAGGACUUUUUUCCCAAAUGCAUUAAAGAAGCAUGUUCCUAUUUGCCAAAGAGCUGCUAAUAAAAAAAGAAAAGCAUUUGACUCCAGCAGACAGAGAGCGGAGGGAACUGAUAUUUCCACCGUCAAACCUCUGAAGCCACGGCCAGAGCCCCCAAAGAAACAAUCAAACUGGAGGAGAAAGCAUGAGGAACUCAUAGCAGCUAUACGAGCAGCCAAAGGAGUUGAUCAGGUCCUUAAAGAAGGUGGAAAACUGCCACCUCCACCACCACCUACUUAUGACCCUGAUUAUAUCCAGUGCCCAUAUUGCCAGAGAAGAUUUAGUGAAAGUGCAGCUGAUCGGCACAUCAAUUUCUGCAAAGAACAGGCAGCGCGUAUUACUAAUAAAGGAAAAGUGGUUACUGAUUCUAAAGGGAAGCUUCCUACCCGGACACAGUACAAGUCGCCAUCAGUAAAGAAGAUGCCUCCAUCAGGAAUAACGCCACCAGCCUCAUCACGCUUACCACAACCAAGUACACCUGCAAAUAAAAUUCUGUCUACAAGUGGGCCAGUGGGAAGUAAAAUCCAAAGCUUGUCUCCAGCUCAUAAAAACUCAACAAGGACAAGCCCCCAAACAGGAGGGUCCAUGAAAUCACGGACAGUUGCACCUACUAACGUGGCACGGAAUGCUGGAAUAGGUAUGAUGGCAAACAAAAGAAAAACUUACAGCACUGAAAGCUAUUUAAACAGAACUGGAUAUGACAGUGGAGACUGCUCAUCUUCUGUCAAUGGAGCAAGUUCAAAAAGCAAUGAGGGAAAUUCACAGUUACCAAAAUUCUGCUACGAAUGCGGCGCCAAAUACCCGGUGGAAUCUGCAAAAUUCUGUUGUGAAUGUGGAGUUCGAAGAAUGGUUUUGUGAACACCUUCUGUAAAGCAGGGUAAAAGAGAGCCCCUCUUCUUCGCUAUGGCUGCAUGGAAUUCUGCGCUAUACUUUCCCAUCUGAACUUGUGCUAAAACGCCAUAGUAAUUUUCUGAGAGCAAUUCUUUUUGGUUGCAGAAUAAUUUAUAUAGAUAUAAAUAUACUGUAUAUAAUUGAUAGGUACCUGAAACUGUGCCAUUCAAGAAGGUAUUCUUGAGACACUGUUGGAAAUAUCUUUAAUGGAGCGAAUUAACUCAAGAAAUAGGAGGGG